CAGGAUUCUUUCGCUGUUGACAAGUGCCGAUUAUUUUGAUGCAGUUACCAUGAUGGAAAGUGAGGUGAAAGUGGAGAUUGGCAAACAUGUGGAGAAAAAUACCCUGUCUGCUCCACCAUCACAAAUGGAGGCUGAAGCUUCAAAGGGAUUAAUGAUGAAACCGAAAGAUGGCACCAGUGGUCUUGCGAUGAGAAAGGGUACGAAGGGCAAGCCCAAACCGCUGUUCUUCUGGACGAGCGCCGAUGUGAACAAGUGGCUGAGGAAGCAUGGGGGGCACUGCUUUGACCUGUACGGUGAUAUGCUGCUGGAGAAUGAUGUGACAGGCAGAACACUGAUUCGUAUGAAUGAGAUCAAGCUUGAGAAGCUGGGUAUUAUGAAUCAAGAACACAGAAGGGAUCUCUUGCACCAGAUUUUGUUAUUACGACUUAAGUAUGAAAUAUCAGAUUUGAAGGACUUGGAUCAAAAAGGCACUGGCUUUGAGCUGAAGCUUCCAGAAACAAGAGUGACAUUGGAAAAACCCGUUGACAAGUAAACACCUGACAUGCGAUGUAUGGUAGCAGAUUCACACCAGGUUUUAACCCUGUAAUGCAUAUCUACAGAGAAAAUAAUAAUCAAUACAGCUUAUCAGUGUGUGUUGCAGAAUGGUCAUAAUCUAUUUCAGCAUCUCUCAACAGCCAGACAGCAGCAAAGUCCUUCAUAUUUCCUGUAGUGGGAUUUAGCUCAGUCAGGUGUUUGCAUCGCAGGAUCAAACCCCCUCAGUGGAUCCAUUCAACUGACUGUGUUUUUUCUUAAUCCAACUAGUGCACCACAACUGGUCAAAGGCUGU